AUGACAACAGAAAAUCAACAAAUAAAUAAAACAACACCAUCAUCAUUAAAUAGUAUUGAUGCAACUGGGAAAAUGCAAGGAUGGUUUAAAUUAAUGGAAACAAUUCGUAAAACAGGUUCACAAUCAAAUGACUUAAUUAGAUCAUUACCGAACAGUAAUUUAAAUAAUCAUCAUAUUAUAGAUACAUUAUCACAACAACAAAAUUCAUUUGAAAAAUCUUUACCAUCAAUAAAUACAAACGGUCAUUUAUUAAAAUCACCUGAAACAAUAAAUACAAUAGAUUCACCACCAAAUAUAUUUAAUUCACCAUCUAUCAUAAGUUUAGAAUCCACACCAAGACAAAUAAUAGAAGAUAUACCUUCGGUAGAAAUUGAAUCAGCAUCAAGAUUAAUACGAGAAAGUAUACCUUUAAUUGAACUUGAAUCAUCAACAACUACUGCAGCAUCAUCACCAGCAUCUUCAGAUUCCAAAUGUUCUCUAACACGUUCAAAAAAAAUAAUUAUUCGUAGAGCAAAUAAAUCUAAACCAACAUCAUCAUCAAUACAAAAACCUGUUGAAAUGUCAACACCAAUUACUGAAGAUAUAUCUGAUGAUGAUGUGCCACUUAUUGAUAUACGUAAACAUAAAACAAAAUCUAUUGAUACAUUAUCAAUUCCAUCAUUAAGAGAUUCAAUUAUUCCAUUAGCAACUGAUCUUCAAUCAUUACCUGGUCAUUGUCAAGAUGAAAUACGUGAUAUUCGUUUUUUAAAUUAUUCUGAUAUAGAUACAUUAUCAAUGCAUUUUAAUAUAUGUUUAUAUAUUGAUAAAAGAUCACUAACAAAACAAUAUAUAUAUAAAACACGUUAUAAUGUAUGGAAUAAAAUUUUAAAAUUAUAUUAUGUAAAAACAUUUCGAAAAAAAUUAUCAACAGAAAAAUCUAUAAAUAAAAAUAAUAAUUAUAAACAACAACCAUUAUCUGUGAUAAGUUCACCAACAUCAAUAUCAUUUAAAAUGGAUUGGAAUGUUAAUAGAAGAAAUAUAUCAUCAUCAACACAUCGACAUACACCAAAAAAUUUAUUUCAUGUUUUACAAUUAAAUCCUAAAACACAAAUAUCAUUAUCAGAUACUUCAUCAUCAUCAUCAACAACAACAAAAUCACCAAUUCAAACAUUUGAACGUAUUAAAGAUAUUCUUGCACGUACUUAUUAUCCACAUUUUUAUAAAGCUAUUGAAUAUGGUUAUCAAUUUGGUACAAAAUCAAAAUAUCCAAAUACACAACAAUUAAUAACUACACAUAGUGAUAUUAUUGAUGUUAAAGAAAUGCCUGAAUCACCUAAUUUACUUGAUGCCUCAAUAACAAUUACACUUAAAUCUCCACCAACAACAACAAGACGUGGUUCAAAUAUUAUUCAACAAUUACCAAUAGUAACAACAUCAACAACAAAUGAACGAAAAAUAAAAAUUUUUAAAAUGGAUGAUAAACCUUUAUCACCUAAACAUAAUAAAUGUCAUAUGAAUGAAAAUAUUGAUGAAUUAUCACCAUGGAUAAUAAGAAAAUCCGUUGUUGUUUUAACACCAGCUAAAAUUCCAUUAUCAUCACCAUCACCAUCACCAUCACCACCACCACUACCAUUGAAUGAAAAAGAAAAAAAUUUACAUACAACAAACCGAAAACGUAAAUCAUCAACUACAACAAAUACCCAUAUUAUAGAACGAAAAAAGAAAAGAAUUGUAUCAUCACCAUCAUUAGAAAUAAUUAAUCAAAUUGAAGAUAUUUCUAAUUCGGAAAGUGAUGAAGAUUUGUUACCGUCUGAAUUACCAAAACAAUGUUUUAUUAAAAAUGGUCUUCGUUCAAAUUAUUAUAAAACAACAACUAAUGCUAAUUCCAAACCUACUAGUAAUAAAAAUCGUCUUGAACGUCGACGACGACAAUCAUCAGGUUCAUUACCACCAUUUUAUACUGGAAUAUUUGAAUCUAAUGAUGAUAAAUCAUCAUAUAUUGAUUAUCAUCUUCCAUAUGACAUUUAUUGGUUUGGUCAACAACAACAAACAAAAGAAACAAUAUUAAUCAAUUCUACUUCUCCUUUAUUAUCUUCAUCAAUAUCAACUUUUCAACAUACAAAGAAAAAAUCAAAUAAACCAAAACAAAAACAACCAUUACCUUUUAAAAAAAUUUCACGCAAUGCUUAUUCAGAUCAAUUACGACAAAGUCUUUUAUCAUCAUAUAGUAUAGAAAAAGCACCUGUUUGUGAUUGUAAACCAUCUGGAACAUGUGAAGAUGGUGUAUGUCUUAAUCGAAUGAUAUUUACAGAAUGUCUUCCCGAUUGUGCAUGUGGUGUUAAAUGUAGUAAUCAAAAAAUUCGUAAAAGUCAAUGGUUUAAACAUCUUGAAGUAUUCGAUACAAGUAAAUAUGGUCAAGGUUUACGUACAACAGUACCAAUACAAAAAGGUACAUUUCUAUGUGAAUAUGUUGGUGAAAUAAUAACUGAAGAAAAAUUUCAUGAACGUAUGGCAAAUAUCUAUUCAAAAGAUGAACAUCAUUAUACAAUGAAAUUAACACAAAAUUUAGUUAUUGAUGCUUAUCGUAUGGGUAGUGUAGCACGUUUUGCUAAUCAUUCAUGUUCACCUAAUUGUGAAUUUCAAAAAUGGACUGUUGAGGGUUUACAACGUAUGUGUAUGUUUUCAUUACGUCCAAUAAAAGCAGGUGAAGAAUUAACAUAUGAUUAUAAUUUUCAAUGUUUUAAUUUACAAGCUCAACAACCAUGUUAUUGUGAAAGUUUAAAAUGUCGUGGUACAAUUGGUACAAAACAACAAUCAACAUUAAUAACAACAAAUAAUAAUACAUCAAUAACAACUAUACAAAAAUUAACACAACGUGAAAAACGAAUGAUUUUACAAUCAUCUAUAUUUCUUUUACGUAAUUUAAGACGAAUAAAAGAAAAACAAGAAUUAAGAAAAAAAAAUAGUAAUAAAUUAAAACAACAAAUUGAUAAACAAUCUACAAUAUCACUUUUUUUUGCACAAAAUUAUUAUCAUUCAAAUCCAUUAUAUAAUAAAUCAACAUUAGCUAGUUUAAGAAAAACUCCUAAACUAGCUCAUAAAGUAGAAUUAAAUUUUAUAUAUUUAGACAUAUUUUAUCUGUUUUAUAAUCACAUUCGACGUUCACAUUUUGCAAAAUCUGGUCGACAUUAUUAUGAACUUAUUGAUAAUACAUGUUAUUAUGCACAAUUAGCACAAUUAACACUUAUAUUAAAUGAAAUAUUUGAAUUAAUAUCAAAUUAUAAAUGUACAAAUAAAGAUAUAACACCAUCAGUUGUAUUAAAAAAAUGUCCAUCGAAACGUUUAUUUCCAGCAUAUUAUGAAAUAAUAACAAAACCAAUUGAUUUAACAAUGAUAAGAACAAAAUUAGAUAAUGGAGAAUAUUUAUCAUUUCAUAUCUUUGAAAAAGAUUUAUUAUUAUUAUUUAAAAAUGCAAUUACGUAUUGUGGUGAAGAUUCAGAUGAAGCAGAAGCUGUAUUAGAAUUACAAAGUUAUUUUCACAAUACAUUAAAAGUCGAAUAUAAGAAGAUAUUAAAUUUAUUUCUUAAUAUGAAAGACAAAGAACGAAAUUUAACGAAUUUACAAACACUUGAAAAUUUUAUUGGACGUCUACAUGAAAAAGAAAUUAUCUAUGGACAGAUAAGAGAAAUUCUUUAUGAUAUUAUAUAUAAUAUUGAUGAGAAUUCAGACAAUGAUUCACCUAUUGUUUAUAAAAUAGUACUUGCUAGUAAUGUUAAUUCACAUCGAACAUCAAGAUCAAGAACAUCAUCAGAUUGUAUUGUACAUUGUCGAUGUGGAUCAGUUUAUGAUGAGAAUUCACUUGUGCAAUGUUAUGCUUGUCAAUUUUGGCAACAUGUGGCCUGUGUUUCAAUAGUUGAUUCAAGUCGACCAUAUUAUUGUUUUGAAUGUCGACCAGCAUGUGAACAUAAUCCAUCAGCUUGUUUAAAAACUAAUGUUAUUAUAGCUGCUACUUUAUCACCAUUACAAACCUAUGAUGAUAAUCAUAGUUCAUAUUCGACAUUAACACGUUCAGAUGGUUUUAUAAUACGUAUAAAUGAAUGUUAUUUUGUACCAAAACAAGAUGAAAAAAAUAUUGAUAGAUCAUUAACAUCACCUGAAUAUGAUAUUUUAUUUGUUGAACGUCUUUGGAUUGAUGAUUAUGGUAUUGGACAAGCAUCAGGUUUUUAUUAUAUACGUCCAAAUGAAACAUUUCAUGAACCAAAUAGAAAAUUUUUUCCUAAUGAAGUAUUUCGUUUUCCAUCAUCAAAUGAUCCUUUACCAAUAAGUUCAAUUGUUCGUCCAUGUUUUGUAUUGGAUAUAGGAACUUAUUGUAAAGGUAAACCAAUAAGUGAUAAUAGUAGUCGAGUAUUAUCAAGUGAUUUAUUUAUAUGUGAAUAUCGUGUUGAUAAAUCAGCAAGAACAUUUACACGUUUAUUAAAAUCAAGACAUUAUGGAAUUAAUACAAAAUCUUAUUGUUUUGAUAAUUAUGUUGAAAGAUUAUCAAUUAAACGAGAUUAUCAGCCUUACCAAAAAGAACUUCAACAACAACAACAACAACAACAACAACAACAACAUCAUCAUCAUUCUCAUGAGAAUCGUCGACGUUUAACAGUAAAUCCAAAUAAAUUAACAAAUAGACAAUUCGAAGAAAAAUCUACACGUAUAAAUGGUAUUAUAGAAAAAAUCUAUUGUCGUUAUCAUGAUCAAAAUUUAAUACCAAAUGAUACAAAAUAUACAGUUGAUGAACUUCUUCAAUGUUCACCAACAUCUUCAAUCUUAGCCGAUAGGAACAAUCAUCAUGAUAAUUCAUGUUUAAGAAAUAAAUUAUCAUCAGUAUCAUUAUCAUCAAUUGCUUCACCAUUACAAACUCCAGCUGAAAAUAUAAAUAAAAAACGUCGUACAAUAUCUUUAUCAUCUGAUGAUGAUAUUGUUGAACUCAUACCUGAAAAUAACUGUCAAAGAACAUCAAAAAAACGUUCAACAAAACAGACAACUAUGAAUUCACAUAAACGUGAUGAAUCAAUUGAUCAAGUCUAA